AUGAAGCAGACCUUGAAAGAGCAUGGAAGUCUCUACGCACUGCACUCGGCGACGGCCACGCCCUACAGGUGCCUCCUUGAUGAUGCAAGCAUUGUUAUCAGGUGGCGCAAUCUACCCGUUUGUGGCGGCGGAAACGAGCGCAAGUAUGGAGCCAUGGGGGUUCGGUUCCUCGUUUCGAGGGACGGCCAUUUACGUCCCGUCCAGUAUACUGCCGGUUGUGCUGUGAUUCCCGUGACACCCAUAGAGGAAGCCAGAUGCCCGCAAUCUGAAGGCGCUUCGGACGCCAUAUCACGGCGCCGGACAUGGAGUCUAGCCGGCAGUGGAUGUACGAUCUGCAAGGUCGUGGCUCAGGUUCGCUGA